AUGGAUAAAGAAUGGACUCCAAUGAUCGUCCUGGGAGGAGGAGGCCACACACAGGAAAUGGUGGAAAUAGUUAAAAAAGGCCCGGUGUUUGCAUCUAUGAACAUAGUCUGCUCAUCAUGCGACAGUCUCUCUGCUAAGAUAUUUAAAUCAGAAGCUGCUCCUAGUAAAUACUCCCUGUAUACAAUAGAAAGGCCAAAUGAUGUGCACGAGAAGUACUCCAUGCACAAGAUGCUCUACUCUUUGUUUCUAUCCAUUCUUCUGGUGCUCCGAACAAACAGCCACUUCCUCCUGUGCAAUGGCCCUGGGCUGUGUGUUCCCCUGGUCAUCGCAUACAAACUAGUUUAUCCGUUUAGACCCGUAUUCUACAUAGAAAGCACAACCAGGAUAACCUCCCUAUCGACCACAGGAGCCAUUGUGCAGUACAUAGCCAGUAGAUUCAUAGUGCAGAGCAAACACUUAGAAAGAAAAAGCUAUCCAAGAAGAACAUACCACAAAAUAUUCGAUAUAAAUACAAUGAAAUAG